GUGCCAAUCAAUAUAAGUAUGGGAAGAACCGAGCUGAGGAGGAUGCCCGGAGGUACCUGGUGGAAAAAGAGAAGUUGGAGAAAGAGAAAGAGACCAUUCGGACAGAACUGAUGGCACUGCGGCAGGAGAAGAGGGAACUAAAGGAAGCCAUUCGGAGCAGCCCAGGAGCAAAGUCAAAGGCUCUGGAGGAAGCCGUGGCCACCCUGGAAGCUCAGUGUCGGGUGAAGGAGGAGCGCCGGAUCGACCUAGAGCUGAGGCUGGUGUCUGUGAAGCAGCGCUUGCAGCAGUCCCUGGCAGGGGGCCCAGCCCUGGGACUGUCCGUGAGCAGCAAGAAUAAGAGUGGGGAAACUACAAAUAAACCCCAGAACAACGUCUCAGAGCAAUCUCUCCCUGUCAACUGUGUUUCCGAGCUGAGGAAGAGGAGCCCAUCCAUUGUAACCUCCAACCAAGGAAGGGUGCUACAGAAAGCCAAGGAAUGGGAAAUGAAGAAGACCUAGGAAGAGGAUGAGGAUUUCAUUCCAAAGGAAAUAUCAGCUUCUCCAUCUAAAGCGGAAAUGCUUUUUCCACAAGGAGAUGCCAGGAGAAGACUGGAAGUAGCCCCCACUCUCCGGGGCACCCAAAAGACCAGCCUUUAUUGUCUGCAUGAUUUUAGGGGAUAAGGGGAGGGGAAAAGUAAAAGGGAAGAGGAAAAUGAAAGGCAUCCGUAUGACUUUCCAAAGGGUGGAAAUGGUAGUGGAUGGAGACAGAAAUCUGCAAAAUUGUAAAGAUUUUGUUAGAUAUCUUUGCCUUCUCUUCAAGAAGAAAUGAAAGCACAUGUGAAUAAGCCAUUCCAUCACAUCUCAUCUCAAUCCCAGUCCUUGAGGCAAAGGCAGUGCUGAGGCAUCAGUGGUGCAGUGU